UAUACAACCCACUGUCAACGAGGCGUGCCUUAUUGUGUUAACCAUGUCGAGCGAGUUUGAGAGUGAGCGAGCCGGUUAUUCGGGGGAAUUUUAACCCGGAACUGAAAACCAAGAGGUUAACACACAACAGUCCUCUCGUUAGUUGUCAAGAAGCAACAGUAACAUGGAGGCGCUGAAGAAAGGAUUUAGCAAAGCCAAGGAAGGAGUGGUGGUGGCAGCCACGAAGACCAAGCAAGGAGUGAGUGGCGCGGCUGAGAUGACCAAAGAUGGGGUCCUGUUCGUCGGCAACAAAACAAUCGGUGGAGUCACAACAGUUGCAGGUAAAACUGUGGACGGCGUGAGUCAGGUGGGCGAGGCAAUGGUUAAUGGGGUGACCACAGUGGCCCAGAAAACAGUGGAGGGGGCAGGAAACAUCGUCGCCGCCACUACCGGAUUGGUCAAGAAGGAUCCUGCUAAAUCAAGCAAUGACAACUCCACCGCUCAAGAUGCGGCCGAGUCACCGGUGGACACUGACACCACUGACGCCACCGAGGACGACACAGACUGAACAUGUUUUCGGAUGGAUCAUCGGAACAUUCCGUGUCUCUCUGCCAAGUCCCGUCGUGCCUCGUCUCAGUCCUCUAUGGGUAUUUUAACGUAUCAAUUUGUUGUACGUUGGGUUGUGUGUAUUUGUAAUGUGCGUGUGUGUCUAUCGCACAUAAGCAAAUAGACCUCAGGUGUCUUGUUUGUAACGGUGAUAAUUCAUUAUCACUGUGUAUGUGUCAGUAACUUACAGAUGGAACUAGAUGACAAUUAACCACCUAAGUGUCUAAGUACAAAAAAUGAUCAUGAUGAUAAUCUCUAUUUUUUUGCUAUAGCGUCCGUUUGUGUAUCCAUAUUGUAUUUUCAUCAUGAAAUUAAUAAUAAAAAUGUAUGAUGUUAUAUUGGAAUUUAAAUGUUGAAUAAAAUGUUUGAGAUGUGUGUUGGCAG